AUCGGUUUAGCAGUGAUCCGCUUCGAGUUACGGGGUUAGCUCUGGGAAAUAAUAGGGACGGUAAUUCUCGGUCGCGGAGGGGCUAUGCACAUCAGAACGAGGAGGAUGACGAGACGACGGAUGAGUCGGACGAGGAUUCGGACGAGGAGGACGGUGUUCGGCUGCCCUUAUUGGACCCGGAGGAGGAGGCGCUAGCCGACGCGGCGAUGGCCCGGAUCCGACGGGCCCAGGCCAAGGGCAAGCAGGACGUCAAGUUGACCAAGGAGGAGCUGGCUGCCUAUCAGCGGCGGCUGCAGCGCAUGGAGAUGGAGGCGCGCAGACAACGGCGGGAGCAGCGGGUUGCGAUUCCCAUCUCGCAGCUCGAUCCGAGUUUCCGGCAGAAGCGGCCGUCAGCGGAAGACGGUAGCCCUCCACCGCAGCAGCCCCCGCCUGAGCCGGGGGUGGAGCGACACGCAACCUAUCCACCCAUGGGCUACUUCCCGCCGCCCUCAUCACGAAGCCGACCGCGCUCUGGAACGACAUCAUCAACAAGACCGCCGAGUCGCGCCGCCACGGACCGCGAGCAGAGUUCCUCGCCGUUCACGUAUACCUAUGUCCGCGCCGAGCAGCCUGCAACGGUUCACCAGCCGUCAGAAACGGAUCCUUUCCAGUACAUGACGGCAGGCACGCGCACGUCGUACCAUGCUGCUGCUGCUGCUGCUGCUGCUCCUCCUCCUUCUGCUGCUGCUGCUUUGACCGUGCGGAACAGCAUUGCGGAGGUUGACGACAUCUACGCGAGCUAUGGCUCCGGAGGUGGCGCCAGCCGCCGGCACAGUGGCGAGUCGUCGGACGACGUCGAUGAUCGUCCACGCGGAGCGAGGGUCGUCUCCGGAAGCAGCCGGUCUCGGCACAAAGACGGCGCUGAUAGCCGGCGAGAACCGGCGCCGGAGCCGCGAUCGUCUCGUGAUCGAACGCCGCCGCCAGUAAAGAAAUCAUCCGCGGCCGUGUCCUCUCCGGUGGCGAAGCGCAAAUCUAUAUCGGGCAGCACCAAGUCCGGGCGGAAGAAGGGGAAAUAGUCGUUUGUUCGUCCUCGUCGUCGUCUCAAUCCAACUCGUGAGAGUCUGCUGUGCAGAAAUACCUAGUGGUCGAGUUCUACUAUCCCUAAUGAUUGGUGGGAAGAGUGGCUGGCAUUUUAAUGAUAGACUCGGAUU